UCUUAGAGUAGCCACCAAUCACAAUUAAUCCUCUUCAUCCAAUCAUGGCUAGUUUUCCGGUUUUCACGUCUUACAUUGUUUUGGCACUAGCAAUUAGCAGUUUCAAUUUGAAGGGGGCAGAGGCAGCUCGUGCCUUCUUUGUGUUUGGUGAUUCUCUCGUUGAUAAUGGCAACAACAACUACUUAAUCACCACAGCUCGUGCAGAUGCUCCACCUUAUGGCAUUGAUUAUCCAACUCGCAGACCCACUGGCCGUUUUUCUAAUGGCCUCAACAUUCCUGAUUUUAUCAGUCAAGAACUUGGGUCAGAGUCCACGUUGCCAUAUUUAAGUCCUGAUCUAGACGGGGAAAAAUUGCUUGUUGGUGCCAACUUUGCUUCUGCUGGCAUUGGAGUCCUCAAUGACACUGGAGUCCAAUUUGUAAACAUCAUCAGAAUGUCAAGACAAAUAGAAUACUUCGAAGAAUAUCAACGAAGAGUAAGUGGCCUUAUCGGAGAUGAGAAAACAAGGCAAUUAGUAAAUGGAGCACUAGUGCUUAUCACUUGUGGAGGUAACGAUUUUGUGAAUAACUACUACUUGGUGCCUAACUCUGCUAGAUCCCGCCAAUUUGCUUUACCAGAUUAUGUCAACUAUGUGAUCUCUGAGUACAGUAAGAUUCUACGGAGGCUAUAUGAUGUUGGAGCACGUAGGGUGUUGGUGACAGGAACUGGUCCACUGGGUUGUGUUCCAGCGGAAUUAGCCCUGAGAGGCAGAAAUGGUGAAUGCUCAGAGGAGCUACAGAAGGCCUCGUCCUUGUUCAAUCCACAGCUUGUUGAGAUGACUCGACAACUCAAUGAGGAAGUUGGUUCGGAUGUCUUCAUUGCAGUCAACACACAACUCGUGCACGAUGAUUUCGUCACUGAUCCACAAGCAUUUGGAUUUGUUACGUCAAAAGUAGCAUGUUGCGGUCAAGGACCCUUUAAUGGUAUCGGACUGUGCACGGUGGCAUCCAACUUAUGUCCAAACCGUGACGCUUAUGCGUUUUGGGAUCCAUUCCAUCCAUCGGAAAGGGCUAACAAGUUCAUUGUUCAGAAGAUUAUGUCAGGAACCACAAAGUACAUUCACCCCAUGAAUCUCAGCACCAUUUUGGCCUUGGAUUCCAAGAAUAUAUAGCUACUCCCAUACACUACAGUUACAGAAAAAGCUAGCUGCGUUAAAUUUGUGUGAUAUUUCCGUAUUGGAAUGUCCAGAAAAAUAAAUUUGGAGCCAAAUUAAUGAACGAUUAGUUCCUACAUAUAUCACCUAAUGAACUAAUAAACAUGUUCUGGUCGAUCCAA